CUGCGUGGAUGGAUGAGGUCAGCGCCGUGGUGUCGGGGUAUGGAAUGUUGCAAGUGUAACAUUCAGAACCGGGUAACGUUCGACGGUCGGAACUCCGCGGUCGGCAACGUUCGGAGAGGCGGGGGAGGCGGCGGUCAGCCCUCCCAGCCAGCCCACCCCUUUCCCUCCUGGAGGGGGGGCGCGCGCUCCUGUGCCAUCGCCGCUCGCUGAAAUGAAUGGUUGAGAGGGGCGGGGGCUAGGAGGAGGAGGAGGAGGAGGAGGCGGCCGCGAAGGCAAAGGAAGGAGGAGGAGAAGAAGGAGAAGAAGAAACAUCAGCAGCAGCAGCGGCAGCAGAAGAGGCGGCGGCGGCGGGUCUUUUCUCUGGUUGGGGGAGAUCGCAGAGCAGCCUGGAAGAGAGACUUCCCUCUCCUCCCUUCUCCUCCUCCCCGCGGAGCCGCUGCAAGGAAAGAAGGCGAGAGAAAUGCAGGGAUUCGUCAGGUUACGGUGCUCGGGCUGGAAGAUGUGAGCCUCGGAUGGUGCUACGCCGCGAACCGGAGCCGGCUGCUUGCAUAGGCUGCUGGUGAUAUACCGACUUGCUCGGAGAAAGCCGAGCGGCUCGGGGUGUGUUUGUGUGUGUGUGUGUGUGUCCGUCCGUCUGUCUCUCACCUCUCUCUCUCUCUCUCCUCCACCCCCCUCCCCCAGCGCUCCCCUUCCUAUUUUGUGUGUUAGGAAAAGACAUCCGAGGAAUGUUGUGUGUGUGAGUUGAAGUUGCUGCUGCGGCUCGUGCACCUUGAUCAUCCGCAAGCACCGGCUCCCUAUGUGUGAGAGAGAGAGGAAGAGAGAGCGAGAGGGCGGGACAAAUUUCUCAAUCUGGUAACAGCCGAUUUGAGGGCGAAAAGGGGGACCUGGGCUGUGUGGUUUCAUUUUCCCGGAGCGGGUGCCUUCUCCCUCUCUCCUCCUUGCAAGAGAAUUCCUAGCCCCACGCUCCCUCCUUUCCUCCCCUCCAAAGCCGGGCUGGGCGUGAUUAUUCUCUGCCUGCCCCUGCUUCUCUCAUUCCCUCUCUCCUUCUCCUUCUCUCUGUCUUCCCCCUUCUCUCUCCCUUUCCCUUCUCUCUCUCUCUCUCUCCCUUCCCCCCUCCCUCCCCAAUCUCUAUUGUGCGAGCCAAAGAUGAAAGACCGGAGGGGAGAAAGUUAAAGAAAUCGCCCACAUGCGCUGCAUCAGUCCGAGGCUUUGGGAAAGGAAUAAAGAGGAGGUGGGAGAAGAGAGUUUAAAGUCUUUGCAGGCGGGAAGAUGGCGGACUCAAGCUGAAAGUGUCGACUGGCAAACUUGGGCGAUCUUUGUGUUUAUUUACAAUCCUCUCGACCCAGAUAGGACACAUGCAGGCCAAAAAACGCUACUUCAUCCUGCUCUCCGCUGGCACUUUCGUCGUCCUGCUGUUCUACUUGGGAGGCUUGCAGUUCAGAGCAUCCAGGAGCCAAAGCAGACGGGAGGCUCACAGUAGCAGGAAUGGCUUGCAGCACAGCGGCGGCCCCGAGCACUACUGGCCCCGAUUCCCGGACGCCCUGCGCCCCUUCGUCCCUUGGGAGCAGCUGGAGAACGAGGAGUACAACAUGCACACUUCCCCGCGGCAGAAGCGCGAUGCCAACGCCAGCGUCUACAAGGGCAAGAAGUGCCGCAUGGAGUCCUGCUUCGACUUCGCCCUCUGCAAAAAGAACGGCUUCAAGGUGUACGUCUACCCUCAGCAGAAAGGGGAGAAGAUCGCCGAGAGUUACCAAAACAUCCUCACCGCCAUCGAAGGCUCCCGGUUUUAUACUUCCGACCCCAGCCAAGCUUGCCUGUUCGUCCUCAGCCUGGAUACCUUAGACAGGGACCAGCUGUCCCCCCAGUACGUGCACAACCUGCGGUCCAAGGUCCAGAACCUCCACUUGUGGAACAAUGGUAGGAACCACUUAGUUUUUAAUUUAUAUUCCGGCACGUGGCCCGACUACACCGAGGACGUGGGCUUCGACAUUGGCCAGGCCAUGCUAGCCAAAGCCAGCAUCAGCACGGAAAACUUCCGCCCGAAGUUUGACGUCUCUAUCCCGCUCUUUUCUAAGGAUCACCCGAGGACAGGAGGGGAGAAGGGCUUCCUGAGGUUUAACACCAUCCCUCCUCUCAGGAAGUACAUGUUGGUGUUCAAGGGGAAAAGGUACCUGACUGGGAUAGGGUCCGACACCAGGAAUGCCUUAUAUCAUGUCCACAAUGGGGAGGAAGUUGUCCUCUUGACCACCUGCAAGCACGGCAAAGACUGGCAGAAGCACAAGGACUCACGGUGCGAUAGGGACAACGCGGAAUAUGAAAAGUAUGAUUAUCGUGAAAUGCUGCACAAUGCCACUUUCUGUCUCGUCCCUCGUGGCCGGAGGCUGGGAUCCUUCAGGUUCCUGGAGGCCCUGCAGGCUGCCUGUGUUCCUGUGAUGCUCAGCAAUGGAUGGGAGCUGCCAUUCUCCGAAGUGAUUGAUUGGAAUCAAGCUGCCGUCAUAGGGGAUGAGAGAUUGUUAUUACAGAUCCCUUCUACAAUCAGGUCUAUCCAUCAGGAUAAAAUCCUAGCACUUAGACAGCAGACACAGUUCUUGUGGGAGGCUUAUUUUUCUUCGGUUGAGAAGAUUGUAUUGACCACGCUAGAGAUUAUUCAAGACAGAAUAUUUAAGCACAUAUCACGUAACAGCUUAAUAUGGAACAAGCACCCCGGAGGGUUAUUUGUACUGCCACAGUAUUCAUCAUAUCUGGGAGAUUUUCCUUACUAUUAUGCUAAUCUAGGCGUCAAGCCCCCAUCCAAAUUCACCGCCGUUAUCCAUGCAGUUACUCCUUUAGUUUCUCAGUCUCAACCUGUGCUGAAACUCCUGGUUGCUGUAGCCAAAUCCCAGUACUGUUCCCAGAUCAUUGUCUUAUGGAAUUGCGAUAAACCCCUCCCUGCCAAGCACCGAUGGCCUCCCACUGCUGUUCCUGUUAUUGUCAUUGAAGGAGAGAGCAAGGUGAUGAGCAGCCGCUUCCUGCCCUACGAGAACAUUGUCACGGAUGCUGUUCUAAGCCUCGAUGAGGAUACGGUGCUUUCAACCACUGAGGUGGAUUUUGCCUUUACGGUUUGGCAGAGUUUCCCAGAGAGGAUCGUGGGCUACCCUGCCCGCAGCCAUUUUUGGGACAACACUAAGGAGCGAUGGGGCUACACAUCCAAAUGGACUAAUGACUAUUCCAUGGUAUUGACUGGAGCUGCUAUCUACCACAAAUAUUAUCACUACCUGUACACUCAUUUCUUGCCUGCCAGCCUGAAGAACAUGGUGGACCAAUUGGCCAACUGUGAGGACAUUUUGAUGAACUUUUUAGUGUCGGCUGUGACAAAAUUGCCACCAAUCAAAGUAACACAGAAAAAACAGUAUAAGGAAACCAUGAUGGGACAGACCUCCAGGGCUUCUCGGUGGGCCGACCCAGACCACUUUGCUCAGAGGCAGAGCUGCAUGAACACUUUUGCCAGCUGGUUUGGCUAUAUGCCGCUGACCCAUUCUCAAAUGAGGCUCGACCCCGUACUCUUUAAAGACCAAGUCUCCAUCCUGAGGAAGAAAUAUCGAGACAUUGAACGGCUUUGAGGAGCCCCGCUAAAGGGGUUGGGGCAGGGGGCGAGAGAGAGAGAGAGAGGAGGGGUACCGGACUGUUCGCGUAGCCCAGCACAAACCCACCGCUGACUCACGGAGCCAGACUCUCAACCAAGAACAAAACACAAACCCUCUUGACAUGCCAGUGGGAAAAGCCAACUCCAAAGGGGAAAAAAAGACUCUUUGUGCUGGACUGCUUCAAAACCACCUCACGGGCUGCAGGUCGCUCAAGACUAGGUUGUGUACAGUUUCAUUAUGGAACAUUAAAUAAUUAUUUUUUGAAAUGAUUGCUAUGCAGGUUUAAACUUUUUUAAUGAUAAAAACCCUAUUAAAAACAGAGUUCUUUCUUUAA